AGAGAGAGAGAGAGAGAGAGAGAGAGAGAGAGAGAGAGAGAGAGAGAGAGAGAGAGAGAGAGGGAAGAGUGGAGCCAAAGAGGAUAGAGAUUUUGCGACGAGGAGGAAGAAACGAGCCAAAAGCCCGGCGGCAGCGAUUUGAAAUCUCCGGUUUCGUUCGCUGGCUGCGACAACGACGACACACAAACCAGGCAAUGGAGAUUACGCUUUGGGCGUUUCGUCGUUGAGUCUGAGGCUUGAGGAAGAAGAAGGUGGUGAUGGGGAGGAAGAAAAGCUGUCAUGUCCAUAAUGCUCCUUCCGAUGACGAUAUAAUGUUUUCUCAAGAUCAUAAACCCAAGAGAAUCUACCAACUCUGGCCCGGCAACAAUAGAUUUUAUUGUGGAGGGAGACUAGUCUUUGGUCCAGAUGCAUCGUCUCUCCUUCUGACAACAGCUAUGAUUGGAGGUCCUGCUCUCACUUUCUGCAUACGAAUGGUUUUUUUGAUCGGAAAACGCUAUCCUUUGUUCCACUCUCUUAUAUUGUUGGGUGCACUUUUGCUCACUGUCCUGGAUUUUACAUUUCUCUUCUUAACAUCAUCGAGAGACCCCGGGAUUAUCCCUAGAAACAAAGAAGCACCUGAAGCAGAAGGGCUUGAUAUGAUCACUCAAUCCUCAGAGUGGGUAAACAACAAACUCGGUAAUACAAAGAUACCUCGAACGAAGGAUAUAUUGGUGAAUGGCUACACUGUCAAAGUUAAAUUUUGUGAUACAUGUUUGCUUUACCGUCCUCCUCGCGCCUCUCACUGUUCAAUCUGUAACAACUGUGUUCAAAGGUUUGAUCAUCAUUGUCCAUGGGUUGGCCAAUGCAUAGCCUUACGAAACUAUCCAUACUUCAUCUGUUUCAUAUCAACUUCAACACUCCUCUGCUUGUACGUCUUUGUCUUCUCAUGGGUCAGUAUGCUUGAGGUACACGGCAAGAUGUUGUUAAUGGUCAUCACAAACGACUUAGUAUUUGUUGUUCUCAUCCUCUACUGCUUCGUCGUUGUCUGGUUUGUCGGCGGGCUCACUGUUUUCCAUCUCUACCUCAUCUGCACCAAUCAGACAACUUAUGAGAAUUUCCGGUAUCGGUAUGACAAGAAAGAAAACCCUUAUGGAAAGGGUCUCUUCAAGAACCUAUAUGAGUUGUUCUUUGCCAGAAUUCCACCUCCCAUGAUCAACUUCAGAGACUGGGCUCCAGAGGAACCUGACGAGGAGGUUGGAUCCAUUGCAUCUGAGCUAGACCGAACUUUUGGACCCCGAGGAGAUAAAUAUGAUAUGGAAAUGGAAAUUGGCGGUUGCAAAAACAGUAAGGUCGGUUUACAACUCCAUACACUGGAGUAUGACAACAACAACAGCAGCGAAGAAACUGUCAAGAAGAAAGGUGUAAGCGAAGAAACCGCCGCGUUUUACAUCCCGGGGAUUCAAGAACCCGCGAAUAUAACAAGAAACUCGAGCAUUGAUGUGAGAUCGAGGUAG